AUAGGGUAAAUGCACCAGUAAUAGACAGUUCACCAGUAAUUAUUGGCACUUUAUUAUUAAUUUACUAGUUGUAAGCUUUCUAUUGGUUCCAGACCACUUUUUUCUUCAUCAGCUGGUAGCUUACACAUUUCUCCAUCAUCUACUGCAGAGCUGAAUCAGGUGUUCGUUGGUGUUUGAGUUGGAGAAAUUUUUUGUUGUUCAGCUGCUCAAUUUCAUCAAUUCUCUAUGGAAAAAACUAAGAGAUAAGCAUGGCGCGGCCUAAGAAAAAAGGACCAAAGUUUGAAUACAGUGAAGCUGAUAUGGAUGCAGCUAUUGCCGCAGUGAGAGAAGGAGAAACUGCUUUUGCUGUUAGUAGGAGAUUUGGUGUGCCGAGGUCAACCCUUGUGAACAAAGCAACUGGUAAAACUCCAAUCCAGCGGAAGAUGGGACCACCGCCUGCUUUGGGACAUACCAUUGAAGAGAUGAUAGCUAAGUGGAUCCGUGCGAUGGCCAGUAGAGGGUUUACAGUGACGAAAAUAGACUUAGCUAUUUCAGUUAAACAAAUAGUGACAAAAAUGAACAUUAAAACCAAUUUCACAAAUAAUACUCCAGGGAAGAAGUGGAUAGAGCUUUUUCUGAAUCGACAUCCGAAUAUAGUUUUGCGUGAGACAGAAAAACUAAGUAAAGUGCGUGCUUCAGUCACUGAAAAAGACAUCCGUGCGUGGUUUGCAGAAGUUCAAGAUUAUGUACGUGAAAAAGAUCUUUGUGAAGUUUUAAAAGAUCCUACACAGAUCUUCAACCUAGACGAAACUGGCUUCAUGCUUUGUCCUAAUACAGGUAAAGUUUUAGCUGCUAAAGGCCAGAAGAACAUCUAUGAAGUUCAUUCCGGUUCUGGUAAGGAAAAUAUAACAGUUCUAACAACUGUAAAUGCUGCUGGGAAAAGUGCUCCUACACUUGUUUUGUAUCCUGGCCUGCCAUCUGCAAUAAAAACAAGUUUUCCUGCAAACAAGGAUUGGGCUCUAGGCAGGUCUGAAUCCGGCUGGAUGAAUGGUGAAGUUUUUUUUGAAUUUAUAGCCAAUAAUUUACAUAAUUGGUUAAAAGAGCAAAAAAUAAAGAUGCCAAUUAUUUUGUUCAUGGACGGGUAUUCAGCACAUCUUACCUACCAUUUGAGCAAAUUUUGUGCAGACCAUGAAAUAGUUCUAAUUGCUUUACCACCAAAUGGAGGUGGAUAAAGCCGGAUACAGCCGUUGGAUGUCGCUGUAUUCAGGCCAGUGAAACAAAAUUGGAGCAAGGCUGUUCAUGAGUGGCGUAUGGAUCCGAAGCGAGAUGGUGCAUCUUUAAAAAAAUUCAAUUUUGCACCAUUGUUGAAAGAAGUUCUGGACAAGACCAUGAAUGAGUCAACAAUUAAAAAUGGCUUCAGAGUCUGUGGUCUCUACCCAUUUAAUGUAAAUUCAGUUGACUUCACCAAGUGCAACAUAAUGAGUACCGGUACAAAGGAAACAGAACUAAAAGGAUCUGGACAAAAGCACCAUGCUGAAAAAGAAGUAAUUCUGAAACAUAUAGAAUCCUUCAUCGACCCCAACACACUGCAACAAUUCAAAGAGACGUAUAAGCUAUUCACUCCUAUUUGGAAUGGUAGUGAGUCAUCCCAUGACCUGUACGUUGUCUGGAAAAAAAUUAAAGAUGAGACUCGAGUUGAAACUUACCAAACGGAGGAUCUUCAAAUCGACAAUGAUUUGCAAGAUGACAACUUAGGAAUUGACAUCUUACCUAUUGAAGACUUAGGAUUAGGACCAUUUAAUGACCUGACAGAUGACGAUCCAGUGAUUGACAAUCAGCCUUCAUGUUCGACAUCCAUCCAUCCACCCAAACCUACGCCUACCAAGCCUUCGUGUUCGACAUCAAUCCAUCCAUCCAAACCUACGCCUACCAAGCCUUCAUGUUCGACAUCCAUCCAUCAAUCCAAACCUACGCCUACCAAGCCUUCGUGUUCGACAUCAAUCCAUCCAUCUAAACCUACGCCUACCAAGCCUUCAUGUUCGACAUCCAUCCAUCAAUCCAAACCUACGCCUAGGCCUAAAUCUCCGUUGAGACGAGAGAAAUUGGCAAAGGUUUUAUCACCAGAGACAGAAGGAAACAAUGUACCUUUUCCGUUAAAAGAUAUUUUGUUAUGGCCAGGAACUCCAACCAAAAGUAAUUUGAAAAGGACCAAAACCAGAAUGCCGUCAGUGGUCACUUCCCUAAAGUGGUUGGACUAUGAAGACAAAAAACGGAAGAAGAAAAAGGAAAAUGAGAAGUUAAAAGAUGAAAGAAAAAGAAUGAGAGAAGAAAGAAAAGACACACAAAAAAAGGAAACAAGAAAAAGAAAACCGAAGUUGAAGAUAUCGAAGACGACUGGGUAUGCAAAGUUUGCAACAGACGAUACUCCGCCGAAUUGAUUACAAAAAAAACAGGCAAGUGGGUAGAGUGUGAUGACUGCCAUGGGGCCUAUCACUUCAAAUGUGUCCCAAAAAAAAACAUUUAGAGAAGUACGGACUAGAAGAAGAUGAUGAAGAUGAGGAUGAAGUUGCUUUCAUCUGUCAUAUGUGUACAGAAGACAGCAGUGAAGAUGAAUUAAUUCCAUCUUCUGAUGACGAACAAGUGCUCAUAAUAUUUUCAACUGAAUAUUCUCCACCUGUCGAUAACACUUAAAAUGUUCUACUUACUACUACUGAUUUAUGUAAUGUGUAAAG